CAGGGCUGACCCGGGCUUCUGCGCCCUGCAGACAUGUCCUUCCGCAAAGUGGUUCGGCAGAGCAAAUUCCGGCAUGUGUUCGGGCAGCCGGUCAAGAAUGACCAGUGCUAUGAGGACAUUCGAGUAUCCCGUGUCACCUGGGACAGCACCUUCUGCGCAGUCAACCCCAAGUUCCUUGCAGUGAUUGUGGAGGCCAGCGGUGGGGGCGCCUUCCUGGUGCUCCCCCUAAGCAAGACGGGCCGCAUUGACAAGGCCUACCCGACAGUGUGUGGACACACAGGGCCUGUCCUGGACAUUGACUGGUGUCCCCACAAUGACGAAGUCAUCGCUAGCGGCUCGGAGGACUGCACAGUCAUGGUAUGGCAGAUCCCGGAGAACGGGCUGGCCGCCCCGCUGACAGAGCCGGUGGUGGUGCUGGAGGGGCACACCAAGCGAGUGGGCAUCAUCACCUGGCACCCGACGGCCCGCAACGUGCUGCUCAGCGCAGGCUGCGACAACGUGGUGCUCAUCUGGAACGUGGGCACGGCGGAGGAGCUGUACCGCCUGGACAGCCUGCACCCCGACCUCAUCUACAACGUCAGCUGGAACCGCAGCGGCAGCCUCUUCUGCUCCGCGUGCAAGGACAAGAGCGUGCGCAUCAUCGACCCCCGCCGGGGCACCCUGGUGGCGGAGCGGGAGAAGGCUCACGAGGGGGCCCGGCCCAUGCGCGCCAUCUUCCUGGCAGAUGGCAAGGUGUUCACCACAGGCUUCAGUCGCAUGAGCGAGCGGCAGCUGGCACUCUGGGACCCAGAAAACCUCAAGGAGCCCAUGGCCCUGCAGGAGCUGGACUCGAGCAACGGGGCCCUGCUGCCCUUCUAUGACCCUGACACCAGCGUGGUCUACGUCUGCGGCAAGGGUGAUUCCAGCAUCCGGUACUUUGAGAUCACAAACGAGCCCCCCUACAUCCACUUCCUGAACACAUUUACCAGCAAAGAGCCCCAGAGGGGCAUGGGCAGCAUGCCCAAGAGGGGCCUGGAGGUCAGCAAGUGCGAGAUCGCCCGGUUCUACAAACUGCACGAGCGCAAGUGUGAGCCCAUUGUCAUGACUGUGCCAAGAAAGUCGGACCUCUUCCAGGACGACCUGUACCCCGACACGGCCGGGCCCGAGGCGGCCCUGGAGGCGGAGGAGUGGGUGAGCGGGCGGGACGCCGACCCCAUCCUCAUCUCCCUGCGGGAGGCCUACGUGCCCAGCAAACAGCGGGACCUGAAGGUCAGCCGGCGCAACGUGUUAUCUGACAGCCGGCCCACUGUGGCUCCUGGCUCCACCCGCCCAGGGGCCUCCACAUCUGCAGCCUCCACCAUCGCUACCACCCCCAGCAGCAGCCUCGCAGGAGCCAGGGAUGCUGGGAAGCUGGAGGAGGUGAUGCAGGAGCUGCAGACCCUGAGAACGCUGGUCAAGGAACAGGGGGAGCGCAUUGGGCGCCUGGAGGAGCAGCUCGGCCGCAUGGAGAACGGGGAUGCAUAGGACCACAGGCCCGGUGGAUACCACUCCCCCUCACCUCCAUCCCCCCAUUCACUCAGCCUCUGCUGGCAGGUCACUCCUCGGGCUGGCCGCCCCCUGCCCCCACCGAGGGCCUCUGGGGCAGGCUCAGGGGCCAGUCCACACCCUGACCCAUCCUGUGGGCCCAGGCUGGAGCUGCUGCCUGGCUUUUGUCAUUGUUACUGUGGAGGAGUUUUGUACCGAGGCAAGCUUAUACUCUGAGGGACCAUCUCCCCCACCCCACCCAGCCCCCGGCUCCCUCCCUGGAGGAAGCCGGAGGGAUGGGCUCUAUAUUUUCAUUCCAAAUAAAAUUCUCUUUCUAAAAGCCA